CACCAUUUUUCUUACUAGUCUUUACUUUCCUUUCCGAUCAAACAUAAACUAACUUAUUCUUCAUUCCAUGACAUUGUUAUUUUGAUUCAUAAAUCUAAACCUAACUCUUCUCUAUUUAGUAAAAUAUGACAUUAGAGUUAAUCAAAUUCCCAAAAUUGAAUGAACAGAAAGCAUUACAAGAAGCUGCUUCAGAGGGAUUAAAGUCAAUGCAAAACCUCGUCAAUCUUCUCUCCAACCAACCCUCUCAUCUACACUCCGAUCUCACCAACGAAACCGUUUCCAAAUUCAAAAAUCUCAUCUCUUCUAUUAACCGUACCGGCCACGCCCGCUUCCGCCGCGCUCCGGUACCACUCCCGCCGCCGCCGCCGGUUCAAUUUCAAAAUCCUCAGCCUCAGAACCAGACAUUAACUCUCGAUUUCACUAAACCUAACAUUUUGAGAUAUAACCCUAACUCUUUAAAUCUCGAAUCCACCAAAGAAACCUUCAGCGUUUCAUCUAACUCCUCGUUCGUGUCCUCCGCCAUCACCGGGGACGGCAGCGUUUCCAACGGCAAACUAGGUUCGUCUCUCUUCCUCACACCCGCCGUCUCCGCUGGGAAACCGCCUCUUUCAUCAUCGUCGUUGAAAAUUAGAUGUCAUGAUCACUCCGACGACGUCUCCGGGAAACGCUCCGGUUCCAACAAAUGCCACUGCACCAAGAAAAGGAAAAAUCGUGUGAAGAGAACGGUAAGAGUUCCCGCGGUUAGUUCGAAGAUCGCUGAUAUUCCGCCGGACGAGUAUUCGUGGAGGAAAUACGGCCAGAAACCGAUAAAGGGAUCACCGUAUCCACGUGGGUAUUAUAAGUGCAGUACAGUGCGAGGGUGUCCAGCGAGGAAACACGUGGAGCGGGCUAUUGAUGAUCCUACGAUGCUGAUUGUAACGUACGAAGGGGAGCAUAGACAUGAGAUUCAGACCGCGAUGCAGGAGAAUAUUUCUGGGACUGUGGGUUUGGUAUUCGAGUCAACGUUAGGUGGAAAUUGAAAAAGGGAAUAUUGGAAUUUUUUUUUUUUUAUGUAUUGGAAAAAGAGACUUGAAUUGGAAUCGGGGUGGUAGUUAAGUUGCUUUAGACGCUAGUAGUUAGUUACUAGUUGCAAUGUAAAUCUGGUCUGAUUGGGGAAAAUUAUAUUAAUACUAUAUUUCUACUACUACUAUUAUUAUAUGGUAGAGAAUCUUAACUAUUCUUUUCCCAUAACAGUCUUACCCGAUGGUACGUUGUUUAUUGAUUAGUAAUUUUAUGUUAUGAUUUAUUGUUUAUUCUAAAA